AUGCCUUUUUAUCCAUCAGAAAGAGCAGAUUUAGAAGCACUUCGUAAAGAAUACGGUGGAAUUCAUCUACCACUUGAAGAAGAGGAGCUUGAUUACUUUAGACAGACAGAGAGAGUUGGUCAGCUACACAACAGGCUUAUCAUUCCUCCUCCAAAACCAGGACGAGUCGUCGAAACGGCUCAUUUGAGAUUGCUUAUUAACAAAGAUUUUGAUUUGAACAAUCUCAUUGAAGAUAUCUUCGAUGUGAUUUCACCAGUCUUUCGGAUCAAAAUCGAUUUUGGAUUUCUCAUGGAGAAUAUUUUGACUGAAGAUCCUGACUCUCGAUACAGAUUUCAUUGGCCUCAAAUUUCGACUGGACUCCCGAUCGAGCCACAUUUGAUAAAGAACAAGUCUACUAAAAAAGAGUUCCUGGAAAACAUUCCAAACUGGUCUGACAUUCCCAAACUGGUUGAAAUACAGCACGAAAAUCAAAGUAGUUUCAGAAAGAGCGGAUACAAUCUAACUAAGCUCCUCACCUGCAGUGUUUACGUGACUAAGAUGAAGUAA